CAGGGCGGGCGCCAUGGAGGCCGGCAGCGGGCGGCGGGUGGUGGUGGUGGGCGCGGGGCUGGCGGGGCUGGGGGCGGCGGGGCGGCUCCGCGGCCUCGGCUCCCUCCGCCUGCUGGAGGCGGCGGGACGCGCCGGGGGCCGCGUCUACACCCGCCCCUUCGCAUCAGGGCUGGCAGAGAUGGGGGCACACUGGAUCCACGGCCCCUCCCCGGGGAACCCUGUCUUCCACCUGGCCACUCACUACGGCCUGCUGGGCCCCGAGGCCGCGCUGGAGGAGAACCAGCAGGCAGAGACCGGGGGCCAUCCUCCGAUGCCCUCCGCCACCUACGGCAGCUCGGGGAAGGUGCUGAACUCCCCCGCGGUGGGCGAGGCCCGUGACCUCUUCGACGCCCUCCUGACCUCCACUCGUGCUUUCCGGGGGGCCAAGGAGCUGCCAGCAGCCAGCGUGGGGCAGUACGUCCGGGCAGAGAUCACCCGGAGGCUCCCUGCCUUGGGAGGCGGGGAGGAGGCCGCCCGGCAGCUCCAGCUGGCCGUCCUCGCCUCCUGCCUCAAGCUGGAAUGCUGCAUCAGUGGGGCCCACAGCAUGGACCUGGUAGCCCUGGAGCCCUUCGGGGAGUACGUCUCCUUGCCCGGCCUGGACUGCACCUUCCCAGGCGGCUACAGCGGCCUGCCCGAGCGCCUGCUCUCGGCCCUGCCCGAGGGCAGCCUGGCACUCAGCAAGGCGGUGAGGACCAUCCGGUGGCAAGGAGCCUUCCGGGAGGAAGGGGACAGCGCCAGGGAGUUCCCUGUCCAGGUGGAGUGUGAGGAUGGAGAAGCCUUCCUCGCCGACCACGUCAUCAUCACCGUCCCGCUGGGCUUCCUCAAGGAACACCAGCAGGACUUCUUCCAGCCUCCCUUGCCCGAGCGGAAGGCGGAGGCCAUCCGCCGCCUGGGUUUCGGCACCAACAACAAGAUCUUCCUGGAGUUCGAGCAGCCCUUCUGGGAGCCCCAGCAGCAGCUCCUGGAGGUGGUGUGGGAGGACGAGUCCCCCCUGGAGGAGCCCAGCGCCGACCUGGAAGCCAGCUGGUUCAAGAAGCUCGUGGCGUUCGUGGUGGUGCAGCCGCCCGAGCAGCACGGGCACGUCCUCUGCGGGUUUAUUGCGGGCGAGGAGGCAGAGUACAUGGAGACACUGAGCGACGCCCAGGUGCUCGGCGCCAUGACACGCGUCCUCCGCACGCUCACAGGGAACCCUUCCCUGCCCGCUCCCCGGAGCAUGCUCAGGUCCCGCUGGCACAGCGCCCCCUACACCCGCGGCUCCUACAGCUACGUGGCCGUCGGCAGCUCGGGGGACGACAUCGACGUGCUGGCUCAGCCCCUGCCCGACGACCCCCAGGACCCCAGGCCUCUGCAGCUCCUCUUCGCCGGCGAAGCUACCCACCGCACCUUCUACUCCACCACCCACGGAGCCCUGCUGUCGGGCUGGCGAGAGGCCGAGCGGCUCAAUCAGCUCUUCGAGGCAGCCAGCCUCACUCCUCAGAGCUCUGAGGCAGGCAAAUAAAAGCCUUGCUUCCUGGGCCGCUGCCGCUCAGCCUCCUUUAUUGCGAACCCUCCCAGACAGAGGACAGAC